GAUGGAGGACCGGCCCGAGGAGCGGAUGAUCCGGGAGAAGCUCAAGGCCACCUGCAUGCCCACCUGGAAGCACGAGUGGCUGGAGAGACGUAGCAGGAGGGGCCCGGUGGUGAGCUGCUGCAGCCUGACACACACAUGCACACAGAAACAAACACACACUGAGAGACAAACGCACACACUGCUAUGUACUGUAUAAACAUGUACGUUCACAAACACACACACACACACAACUAUCACAGAUCACCACACGUGUGUGCUUCGCUUACUGUGCCACACCUAACAUUAUAGAUCCAAGCAACUCUUAAAUAUUCACUAUGUUGAUGCUUUGAAAUAAGGUUUGUUUUUAUGACUGAAAUCUGGCAGAUGAAGGGAAUUGGACAUUUCCAACCCUGGGCAUUGCACCAUUGCGUUGCACCAUUGCGUUGCACCCAGUCUUUCACAGCAGACACAGAUGCUGACUUCUAAAUGGACCUCUAGCCCCUGACCUCUAGCCCCUGACCUCUAGCCCCUGACCUCUAGCCCCUGACCUCUAGCCCCAUGACCUCUAGCCCCAUGACCUCUAGCCCCAUGACCUCUAGCCCCUGACCUCUAGCCCCUGACCUCUAGCCCCUGACCUCUAGCCCCUGACCUCUAGCCCCAUGACCUCUAGCCCCUGACCUCUAGCCCCUGACCUCUAGCCCCUGACCUCUAGCCCCUGACCUCUAGCCCCUGACCUCUAGCCCCUGACCUCUAGCCCCUGACCUCUAGCCCCUGACCUCUAGGCACUCUUCUGAGAGGAUUGGAUAGAUAUAUGUAUUAUGGUAAUAUAGCUACAUCAUGCCUUCCGAUUGGCUGCAUGGAAAUGUCAAUGCUUCCACCUUUCCAAUUCUCUUAGCUCUACAGGCCCAUGUUCAGUUGACGAACGUUGCCGAUAGAAAUGCCAUGGAUAGAGCCGACAUGAUUCCUUGUUCUACAUGUCGGAGAAGCAUGUUUGUUUUACAUAACACAAGUCUAUCUGAACGUUCCAAAACGUUGUGCCCUGCUGAACGCGCCCCAGGAGUGGCUUGGGAGUAGGGUCUAGUGGUGGAUUUGACAUUCAGCCACUGUAAAGGGACUCCACUGUAAUUUGGCCUAACCCCAACCACAUAUUAACCCCCUCCCAACUGUCCCCCUCUGUCCCGCCCUCCCCCUCUGUCCCCUCCUUCUCCCCCUCUGUCCCUCCCUCCCCCUCCUUCCCUCCCCCUCUGUCCCUCCUUCCCUCACUCCCUCCCCCUCUGUCCCUCCUUCCCUCCCCCUCUGUCUCUCCUUCCCUCCCUCCCUCCCCCUCUGUCCCUCCCUCCCUCCCCCUCUGUCCCUCCUUCCCUCCCCCUCUGUCUUUCUUUCCCUCCCUCCCUCCCCCUCCUUCCCUCCCUCCCUCCCCUCUGUCCCUCCUUCCCUCCCUCCCUCCCCCGCUGUCCCUCCUUCCCUCCCCCUCUGUCCCUCCUUCCCUCCCCCUCUGUCUCUCCCUCCCUCCCCCUCAGGUGGUGAAGCCCGUCCCCCUGCGACCGGAUGGGAGCGAGGCUGGCUGCAAAGGGGCGGAGGCCGGAGCCGACACGCCCACCAGCUCAUCCCCCCAGCAGAGCAGAGGCCGCCGAAGCCCCUCCCCCGGAACCCCCUCUUCCUCCUCCUCCUCCUCCUCCUCUGGCAGGGCCGGUGGGAAGCCUGAAUCCCCCGGGGUGCGCAGGAAGAGGGCCUCACCCGUGCCGGUGAUUAGCCACACACACAGACGUAGCGCACACACACAAUACACCAACAUAAAGACAUUUGAUGAUAAUAUAACAUUAAUUAGAUAUCAAACCUCUUCACUUGGGGUUUAAAGAACUGUAAAAAGUAUCAUAGCAAUAUAAAGUCCUAAGUGACUAUUUAGUGACAAUAUAAUGAACCCAUGUAACUAUUUGUCUGAGGCUGUCUUGAUCUGAUGAUGUCGUUGUGUAGUUUCAGAGUGGCAGGGUGACGCCCCCUCGCCGGGCGCCCUCCCCAGACGGCUUCUCCCCCUACAGUCCUGAGGAGACCAGUCGCCGUGUCAACAAGGUCAUGAGGGCCCGCCUCUACCUACUGCAGCAGAUAGGCCCCAACUCCUUCCUGAUUGGAGGAGACAGCCCAGACAACAAAUACAGGGUGUUCAUUGGUCCACAGGUAGGAAGUGCUGGAUGUCCACUCGGACCAAUGAAGAAAGAUGAAAGAGAAUCAAGACUCAUUUUCACAUCGACUCCCUCUACCCUCUAUGUACUUAUUAAAAGGGUUAGAUAGGUGUUAGCAGUAUGACAGAAAUUCCACCCCAGCUUUUACCGAAUUGCGUUUACAGCAAUGGUCUUAAGAGUAACUGUCCAUUGAAAAUCUCACUUUUAAAAGUUAAUAUUCUGUUAACUCAUACCCAAAUAAUGUUGUAGACUCGUUCUACACUCGUAUUUGUGGCCAAAGCAUAAAUUGGAGAAAAAAUAGGGCUGGGAAUUGCAAGGGACCUCACGAUAAGAUAUUGUCAUGAUACUUAGGUGCCGAUAUGUAUUGCGAUUCGAUACUGUGAUUUCAUUGCGAUUCAAUGUUCUCCCCCUACAGUUCUGAGGAGACUAGCGGGAAAAUAUAAAUUGUGAUAUUGUCAAAACGAUACAAUACUAUAUAUCGUCAAAAAUAAUAUCCCCAUAUGUAAUUGUACUAAGAAAAAACACUUCAAAAACCACACCUCAAACUUGUAUAUCAAUGCUUGCUAUUUUCUCAUAGAGUAUGAUGUCAUACUCCUCAGGAGGAUGAGCUGACCAAUCAGUGGUCUACUCGCAUUAAAAUAUUUUAUGACCAGUGUAAGCCCACACUAUUCUGUUGCUUUUUAACAUACAGUACUUAAUUACCAUUUUUUGGAAGGAAAAUGAUUUCACUCGUAUUGUAAGUAAUUAUAGGUCAUAUUUCAUAGUAAUCUGGAAACACUGGACAGUUACUUUAACAAUUUGCUUCACUUGUACAUUGGCCGGCUCUUUUUGUUUACCCAGCCAUUUACUAAUGUAGAGAUGGAAUGAUUUCCCAGCCAUUUACUAGUGUAGAGAUGGAAUGAUGACCCAGCCAUUUACUAAUGUAGAGAUGGAAUGAUGACCCAGCCAUUUACUAAUGUAGAGAUGGAAUGAUGACCCAGCCAUUUACUAAUGUAGAGAUGGAAUGAUUACCCAGCCAUUUACUAAUGUAGAGAUGGAGUGAUGACCCAGCCAUUUACUAAUGUAGAGAUGGAGUGAUGACCCAGCCAUUUACUAAUGUAGAGAUGGAAUGAUUACCCAGCCAUUUACUAAUGUAGAGAUGGAAUGAUGACCCAGCCAUUUACUAAUGUAGAGAUGGAAUGAUGACCCAGCCAUUUACUAAUGUAGAGAUGGAAUGAUGACCCAGCCAUUUACUAAUGUAGAGAUGGAGUGAUGACCCAGCCAUUUACUAAUGUAGAGAUGGAGUGAUGACCCAGCCAUUUACUAAUGUAGAGAUGGAAUGAUGACCCAGCCAUUUACUAAUGUAGAGAUGGAAUGAUUACCCAGCCAUUUACUAAUGUAGAGAUGGAAUGAUUACCCAGCCAUUUACUAAUGUAGAGAUGGAAUGAUUACCCAGCCAUUUACUAAUGUAGAGAUGGAAUGAUUACCCAGCCAUUUACUAAUGUAGAGAUGGAAUGAUUACCCAGCCAUUUACUAAUGUAGAGAUGGAAUGAUGACCCAGCCAUUUACUAAUGUAGAGAUGGAAUGAUGACCCAGCCAUUUACUAAUGUAGAGAUGGAAUGAUGACCCAGCCAUUUACUAAUGUAGAGAUGGAAUGAUUACCCAGCCAUUUACUAAUGUAGAGAUGGAGUGAUAACCCAGCCAUUUACUAAUGUAGAUAUGGAAUGAUUACCCAGCCAUUUACUAAUGUAGAGAUGGAAUGAUUACCCAGCCAUUUACUAAUGUAGAGAUGGAAUGAUUACCCAGCCAUUUACUAAUGUAGAGAUGGAAUGAUUACCCAGCCAUUUACUAAUGUAGGGAUGGAAUGAUUACCCAGCCAUUUACUAAUGUAGAGAUGGAAUGAUUACCCAGCCAUUUACUAAUGUAGAGAUGGAAUGAUUACCCAGCCAUUUACUAAUGUAGAGAUGGAAUGAUUACCCAGCCAUUUACUAAUGUAGAGAUGGAAUGAUUACCCAGCCAUUUACUAAUGUAGAGAUGGAAUGAUGUAGAACUUCAUCGCCUCUUACUGAAGGGCUGUGUCCCAAAUGACACCCUAUUACUUGUAUAGUGCACUAUAUGGGCGAAUAGGGUGCUAUUUGGGACGCAAGUAAGGAUUUCAAAAUCUCUAUAGAUUAAAUUUGGUCUUUUGUCGAAAAAAAGUCGCAGCAGAUCUGUGUCCGUCUGUGUGACCAUUCAUGGCCGUCUGUGUGUGCCUGCGCGUGUGUUUGUGAGUGCGAUAUUCGUAUGUAUAUGCACACACAGGUGAGUAAGCCCCGGUCUGCUGUCCUCCUGUCUCUGUAGACCUGUAGCUGUGGCCGAGGGGCCUUCUGUAUCCACGUCCUCUUCGUCAUGCUCCGAGUCUUCCAGCUGGAGCCCUCAGACCCCCUGCUCUGGAGGAAAACCCUCAAAAACUUUGAGGUAACCUUCCAGCAACCAACCGACGUGCCCUAACCAAUCUGUAUAAUUCCCCCUUUCUCACUACUGAGCCGAGCAAACUGAGCUGUACCGUGCUGGCCUGUUUACGGAUCCACCAUAGUUGCUGAAACCGUGCUGGACGGGACAAUGUGGAAAUGGGAUAUCCGUACCAGCACAGUAUGCUUCAGGUCGAAACAAUAGUUCGAAAAGGGCAUACAUGAUUAGUUAAACCCAUUUGUAAAGACCCAUUUCCAAAGAAACUUCAGAGCUAGAAUAUUUCUAAUUUAUGUUUAGGAUAACUUUCAAUGACUUGCACCAUCUUGAAUGCACCUUAGAUAUGCACUUGAAUACGUAGAUACUUAACCACUAGUGGAGAAAAGGCCAAUCUGACCCAAGAUCAGUGUCUAGGGCCAACUUCUCCCUACAGUGGCUAACUGUGGCAUUGUCUCCAGGUGGAGAGUUUGUUCCAGAAGUACCACAAUCGCCGCAGCUCGCGCAUCAAGGCGCCGUCGCGCAAUACCAUCCAGAAGUUUGUGUCGCGCAUGUCCAACCCCCACACGUCCUGUCCAUCCAGCAGCUCUGGCACCUCCAGCAACGACAGCAGGUAGAGCGCGCGCACACACACACACACACACACACACACACACACACACACACACACACACACACACACACACAGGUAUACGGAGUACAGGUGUUGUAUUGUAAAACCUAUUAUGCCAGAAGGCCCUUGAAUACCACCAAUUGUAUAAACAAAAAUGGUGGUGUCAAAUUUUUAUGUAAAGGAGGGUCAAGCAUUGGUUUAACAAAUUGGUCCAGCUUGGUUUAACACAUUGGUCCAGCUUGGUUUAACACAUUGGUCCAGCUUGGUUUAACACAUUGGUCCAGCUUGGUUUAACACACAUUUCUCUCUUUCCCUUUCUGCCCUGUCUGUCUUUAUGCAUCUAUAUAUUUAUAUCUAUAUAUUUCCUUUAUUUCUCUCUCUCUCUCUCUCUCUCUCUCUCUCUCUCUCUCUCUCUCUCUCUCUCUCUCUCUCUCUCUCUCUCUCUCUCUCUCUCUCUCUCUCUCUCGCUCUCUCUCUCCCAAUCUCUCUCUAUCUUUCUCUCCCCAUACCUCUAUCUCUUUCCAUCUUUCCCUCUCUCUGUCAGUAGUCUUAAGGAUGAAGAGGAGCAGAUGUGUCCCAUCUGUCUGUUGGACAUGCUGGAUGAGGAGAGUCUGACUGUGUGUGAGGAGGGCUGCAGGAACAAGCUGCACCACCACUGCAUGUCUAUCUGUGAGUACAACAGUACGCUAUCAUAAGUUCAACUCAUUUCAACCAACAGUACGCUAUCAUAAGUUCAACUCAUUUCAACCAACAGUACGCUAUCAUAAGUUCAACUCAUUUCAACCAACAGUACGCUAUCAUAAGUUCAACUCAUUUCAACUUUUGACGCAUGUACAGUGUAAUAUAAGCUGUGACAUUGUCAAAAUUGUUUUACCCCAGUAACACUUAGGGUUAGUUCGUAGGGCAGGUGUAUUCAAAUCUUACCCUACGAGGUCCUGAGUACUGCUGGUUUUCUGUUCUACCAGAUAAUGAAUUGCACUCACCUGGUGUCCCAGGUCUAAAUCGGUCCCUGAUUAGAGAGGAAGAAUACAUUUUUAAAAAGCAGUUAAACUGGCAUCGAGGUCCAGAUUUGAAUUUGAGAGGCAUAUGGUAUUCUGCUGUAGUUGCUUUUAAGAACGUUAUGGUAUUCUGCUGUAGUUGCUUUUAGGAACGUUAUGGUAUUCUGCUGUAGUUGCUUUUAGGAACGUAAUGCACAGGUACAGUGAGGGAAUAAAGUAUUUGAUCCCCUGCUGAUUUUUGCCCACUGACAAAGACAUGAUCAGUCUAUAAUGUUAAUGGUAGGUUUAUUUGAACAGUGAGAGACAGAAUAACAACAAAAAAAUCCAGAAAAACACAUGUCAAAAAUGUUAUAAAUUGAUUUGCAUUUUAAUGAGGGAAAUAAGUAUUUGACCCCUCUGCAAAACAUGACUUAGUACUUGGUGGCAAAACCCUUGUUGGCAAUCACAGAGGUCAGACGUUUCUUGUAGUUGGCCACCAGGUUUGCACACAUCUCAGGAGGGAUUUUGUCCCACUCCUCUUUGCAGAUCUUCUCCAAGUCAUUAAGGUUUCGAGGCUGACGUUUGGCAACUCGAACCUUCAGCUCCCUCCACAGAUUUUCUAUGGGAUUAAGAUCUGGAGACUGGCUAGGCCACUCCAGGACCUUAAUGUGCUUCUUCUUGAGCCACUCCUUUGUUGCCUUGGCCGUGUGUUUUGGGUCAUUGUCAUGCUGGAAUACCCAUCCACGACCCAUUUUCAAUGCCCUAGCUGAGGGAAGGAGGUUCUCACCCAAGAUUUGACGGUACAUGGCCCCGUCCAUCGUCCCUUUGAUGCGGUGAAGUUGUCCUGUCCCCUUAGCAGAAAAACACCCCAAAAUCAUAAUGUUUCCACCUCCAUGUUUGACGGUGGGGAUGGUGUUCUUGGGGUCAUAGGCAGCAUUCCUCCUCCUCCAAACACGGCGAGUUGAGUUGAUGCCAAAGAGCUCAAUUUUGGUCUCAUCUGACCACAACACUGAAUCAUUCAGAUGUUCAUUGGCAAACUUCAGACAGCCCUGUAUAUGUGCUUUCUUGAGCAGGGGGACCUUGCGGGCGCUGCAGGAUUUCAGUACUUCACGACGUAGUGUGUUACCAAUUGUUUUCUUGGUGACUAUGGUCCCAGCUGCCUUGAGAUCAUUGACAAGAUCCUCCUGUGUAGUUCUGGGCUGAUUCCUCACCAUUCUCACGAUCAUUGCAACUCCACGAGGUGAGAUCUUGCAUGGAGCCCCAGGCUGAGGGAGAUUGACAGUUAUUUUGUGUUUCUUCCAUUUGCGAAUAAUCGCACCAACUGUUGUCACCUUCUCACCAAGCUGCUUGGCAAUGGUCUUGUAGCCCAUUCCAGCCUUGUGUAGGUCUACAAUCUUGUCCCUGACAUCCUUGGAGAGCUCUUUGGUCUUGGCCAUGGUGGAGAGUUUGGAAUCUGAUUGAUUGAUUGCUUCUGUGGACAGGUGUCUUUUAUACAGGUAACAAGCUGAGAUUAGGAGCACUCCCUUUAAGAGUGCUCCUAAUCUCCGCUCGUUACCUGUAUAAAAGACACCUGGGAGCCAGAAAUCUUUCUGAUUGAGAGGGGGUCAAAUACUUAUUUCCCUCAUUAAAAUGCAAAUCAAUUUAUACAAUUUUUUACAUGUGUUUUUCUGGAUUUUUUUGUUGUUAUUCUGUCUCUCACUGUUCAAAUAAACCUACCAUUAAAAUUAUAGACUGAUCGUUUCUUUGUCAGUGGGCAAACGUACAAAAUAAGCAGGGGAUCAAAUACUUUUUUCCCUCACUGUAUAUCCAUUAUGGCGCUACCACUGUACGCAAACUACUUCAACUGGUGAAGAAAAGCACUGAGUGAAAACAAGACUUUCAGGUCCUCCUCACGGCUUCUACUCUGUGUAUUUUAGAGUCAUUUCACCGUAUCAGCCACUCUCAAAAUGCAUGUAUAAUCACACCACACCUCAUCAAACAGAGGCUGACUCUGUGAAGCGGGAAUGAUAAUAGCCUUUAGCAUUCCAUAUUGCCUUCCAAAGCGACCUCCCCUAACAUCGACCGACUGACUGCAUGAGACCUGGGUCUCUGUGGCCCGGCCUCAGACAUGGACUCGUCUGACAUUUAGUGACUCCAUGCAGUCAUCCAUGAAGGUUUUAUAGUCCAGCGAGCCUGACUGGCGACCGCACCACCACCCACCACUCCGCUUACUCCCAUCCCAUUACCCCUACACACACACACACACACACACACACACACAGCCCCCUCGAUAGAAGUCUGAAACGUUCGUGCCGAGGCUCUGGUCCUUCUCUUCUCUCUAUAAACCAGUCUAAUUGUUGCUCCAUUUUAUUGGAGCAUUGACUUCCUUGACAGCCAGUCAGUGCAUUGUCCUCUUUCUAAACUGGGGGGAGAGCUAAUUCUGUUGGUCGGACUGUCCGUCUCUGUCUCUUUUUGUCUGUUUGUCUCGCAGGGGCUGAGGAAUGCCGGCGGAACCAUGAGACGCUCAUCUGCCCCCUCUGUAGAGCCAAGUGGAAGUCCCAUGAUUUUUACAGGUAAUUAUAACGUGUGUUUGUGUGUGUGCUAGGAACUAGCAACUCCUGGAAAGUCUCCUGGGAUGGGGGGGAGGGGGAUUGAUUCGACAGCGCACCAGCUGGUAUCUGGUAUUGUUGUGUGAAAGACGGGGGAAGCGGCUUCACUAUAUUUGUGUCUGGGAGGAAAGGAAACACCUGCCUCGUCUGAGAUGACAGAACAGCUGUGGAGCUUAACAAAUCUCAUGCGAGCUGAAUGCAAGUUAUGGUUAACUAACAGUUAGCUAACUAUUGAAUGGUUUAUAAGCUGUUUAUAAGCUCAUAAAGUGUUAUGGAUUUAGACUAGAGCAUAUCGUGUGGAACUGCACAAUGAAUCUGUGAUGGAUUCAUUGUAGGACGUCAGUGGCACACAGUAGCCCAGAGACAGGAAAGAGCCUUAAGUGUUUGCGGUGAGCUACGCUACAGUGCAUUCGGAAAGUAUUCAGACCUCUUGACUUUUUCCACAUUUUGUUACGUUACAGCCUUAUUCUAAAAUGGAUUAAAUUGUUUUUUCCCCCUUCAUCAAGCUACACACAAUACCCCAUAAUGACAAAGCAAAAACUGGUUUUUAGAGAAAUGUUUGCAAAUUUAUAUAAAAAAUAAAUAAUAAUAAUAUUUACUUAAGUAUUCAGACCCUUUACUCAGUACUUUAUUGAAGCACCUUUGGCAGCGAUUACAUCCUUGAGUCUUCUUGGGUAUGACGCUACGAGCUUGGCACACCUGUAUUUGGGGAGUUUCUCCCAUUCCUCUCUGCAGAUCCUCACAAGCUCUGUCAGGUUGGAUGGGGAGCGUCACUGCACAGCUAUUUUCAGGUCUCUCCAGAGAUGUCCGAUCGGGUUCAAGUCCGGGCUCUGGCUGGGCCACUCAAGGACAUUCAGAGACUUGUUCCGAAGCCACUCCUGCGUUGUUUUGGCUGUGUGCUUAGGGUCGUUGUCCUGUUGGAAGGUGAACCUUCGCCCCAGUCUGAGGUCCUGAGCGUUCUGGAGCAGGUUUUCAUUCAUCAAGGAUCUCUCUGUACUUUGCUCCAUUCAUCUUUCCCUCGAUCCUGACUAGUAUCCCAGUCCCUGCCGCUGAAAAACAUCCCCACAUCAUGAUGCUGCCACCACCAUGCUUCACGAUAGGGAUGGUGCCAGAUUUCCUCCAGACGUGACGCUUGGCAUUCAGGCCAAAGAGUUCAAUCUUGGUUUCAUCAGACCAGAUAAUAUUUUUUCUCAUGGUCUGAGAGUCCUUUAGGUGCCUUUUGGCAAACUCCAAGCGUGCUGUCAUGUGUAUUUUACUGAGGAGUGGCUUCCGUCUGGCCACUACCAUAAAGGCCUGAUUGGUGGAGUGCUGCAGAGAUGGUUGUCCUUCUGGAAGGUUCUCCCAUCUCCACAGAGGAACUCUGGAGCUCUGUCAGAGUGACCAUCGGGUUCUUGGUCACCUCCCUGGCCAAGGCCCAUCUCCCCUGAUUGCUGAGUUAAGAAAAAGGGAAGCGGUCUGAAUACUUUCUGAAUGCACUGUAUAUUAGGGUAGUCCACAAAUGGCUAAAAGUGUGCCAUAGCCAUCACAUUAGCAUGUUAGUGGUGCGCUAGGCUAUAUCAUGCUAGGCCAAACAGGGCUACGCUAACGCCAGAGCCAUUCCACUUAAAGCCUUAUAGAAGCCAACAACUGAGCCCAGGUUGGGAGUUCGGGAAUGCCAGUGUCAACAGCCCCGCCGCAACCCCCACACAUACACACACACACACACACACACACACACACACACACACACACACACACACACACACACCACCAUUUGAGACCCCUUAGCUCUCAACCCUUACAGGCAACGGAUGAAAGACACAGCUCACAAAAAACUACUCCUGGGAUAUGUAGCCAGCCACUGUAAAACAUUAUAGAACUAAAAACUAUAGAUAUUUUAAUGUUCUACACAAUAUGUUUAUCUGAAUGCUCUACUGCUGGAUAAUGUUACAUACCCCUGAAUGAGCCCAUGUCCUACCAUAAGCCUCAAUAACUAAUUUGAACUUGAAGUGCCGUGUGUGGGUGGUGUGUGGGUGGUGUGUGUGCGCGUGAGAAUGCACACAUAUGUUAGUGUGCGUAUGCGCGAGUAUGCGCACCUGUGUUAGUGUGUGUGUGUGUGUGUGUGUGUACGUAGGUUUGUCGUGAGCUGGAUCCCCUCCACAGUGCGGUUAUGUGAGCUAGACAGCCAGGCACCAGCCCUUGUUUUGUGCGUCUGCCUGGGAAUGAAAUGAUAGCUGCCUACUAGUUGUUGUUUUCCCCCCCCCUUAAGACAUGAAUACUGUCAGAAAGGAUCUGUUACCCCCUCCGCCACCUCCUCGCUCUGAAAUUGUACCCAGUUGUUUUUCAAAGUUUUUUUUGUAUGAUUUUUUUUCUUCUCGCAAUUAUGAUGAUGACCCGCCAUGUCACGUGAACCUCGUGCCAAUCCAACGGGAAGGAAAGAGUUUAGAUUUUUCCGGUUUCAAUCUUUUUUUCUCCCCCACCUCCCCCCAUUGACAACUUCCCCCCCAUUUAAUUAUAUUCCGAAAGUAUAUUCCUGUAUCCUGACCAAACCUGAAUCAGCAUAUUCGUGACCAUUAUUGAUUGUAAUAUCAAUUGCUCAGAACUACAAUUCAAACUUAGUCUAGCUACCUACCUACCACCACCAUUUUGAGUCCCCCAAAAGUCGCUAAAAGCUCAGACUGACUUUGGCGUCUUUCUCGGCAGCCAUGACCCCUCAUCUGUCUCCAUGGAGAAUGCGGCGGCGGCGUCAUCGUCCCACAGCGAAGGGGGUUCCAGAGGGGGGUCAUCGUCCCAGGAGGGGGACUUCACACUGCCCCAAUACGGGGUCCAGCAGAUCCCACAGACCUACAAAGAACUGGCCGAGCCCUGGAUAAAGGUGAGAGGGGUGGGAAGAUAUAUAUGUGGACCCUGGCUCAAAUACAUCUGUCUAAUAUUUUCAAAUACUUGGUUUACCUUUUGAGCUUGCAUUUUUUGUGGGGACGAUUCCAAAUCCUUUGCAUACCAAGAGGGGUUUAUGUGUACUUGUGUCUAUAUCCGUUCAGACUCAUUUACUGUCUGUGUCCUCCCAAGGUGUUUGGCAUGGAGGUGGUGGGUUGCCUGUUCUCCAGGAACUGGAACAUCAGGGAGAUGGCCCUGCGGCGGCUGUCGCACGACGUCAGCGGUGCGCUCCUCCUGGCCAAUGGCGAGCGCUCCUGCCCGGGGGCGGGGCUAGGGGCCGGGGUGGGCUGCGCUGAGGUGUCGGGUGAGGUGGUGGUGGAGUCGUGCUGUAGCGUCCUCUCCAUGGUGUGUGCCGACCCCGUCUACAAAGUCUACGUGGCUGCGCUGGUGAGACUCUUUGACAUUUAGAUUUUAGUCAUUUAGCAGAUGGUCUUAUCCAGAGCGACUUACAGUUAGUGCUUUCAUCUUAAGAUAGCUAGGUGGGACAACCACACAUCACAGUCACAGCUGAUAAUUAAAUAGUUAUCAGCGAAGUCAGUGCUAGUAGAAAAGAGAAGUGCGAGUGAUUUAGAUGUUUCCCUUCUUUUCUUUAAUAGGACUGUACCAUACUCCAUCUGUCAGGGAAAGCAUUUUGGCCCCAUAAAGUCUGAAGUCCUUAAACAACCCCUAUCACAGCGGUUCCCAAACAUUUAUCCUUCUAUUCCAGGAAUCACCAUCACUUCAAAGACACUGUACUGUAUAAAAAACAAAUAAAAAAAAACAUGUAUGCACUCACUAACUGUAAGUCGCUCUGGAUAAGAGCGUCUGCUAAAUGACUAAAAUAAAAAAAUGUAAAUAGAGGGUCAAGUAACUUCAGCUCAUUGCCAUGAACCCAGUGCUGAACACAUGAAAUGUAUUGUUAUUGGUACUCAGGAAUUGAUUAGUUAGCGCUACCCGAUCUCCGAUUUUACCCUUUGGCCUUUCUCCCACCCACCACAUCUCUUGAAUUGUCCUAAAGCCCACCUCAACAACAAGCUAACCUGGCUAGUCCUAAAGCCCACCUCAACAACAAGCUAGUCUGGCUAGUCCUAAAGCCCACCUCAACAACAAGCUAACCUGGCUAGUCCUAAAGCCCACCUCAACAACAAGCUAACCUGGCUAGUCCUAAAGCCCACCUCAACAACAAGCUAACCUGGCUAGUCCUAAAGCCCACCUCAACAACAAGCUAACCUGGCUAGUCCUAAAGCCCACCUCAACAACAAGCUAACCUGGCUAGUCCUAAAGCCCACCUCAACAACAAGCUAGUCUGGCUAGUCCUAAAGCCCACCUCAACAACAAGCUAGCCUGGCUAGUCCUAAAGCCCACCUCAACAACAAGCUAGUACUAAAGCCCACCUCAACAACAAGCUAGUCUAAAGUCCACUUUAAAUCCAGCAAGUCUCACCAAAGUCAAACCAGCAGGGAUUCUCCAGGGACAGACUGAGCGUCUCUCUUUUUCACUCCUCCUAGCCUAAUUUCUUCUACUUCGUCUCUUUGGAGAACAAUAUUUCUUAGUGGCUGUUUUAAAAAAUGCAGACCCUCUGGGGAGCUCGACAUUUCCCCCCGCGGCACUUUGCUUCAGCAGAGCUGCGGUUAUGGAAAACAAAAAGGUUUCUGUCCUCUCUGGGGGCUUUCCAGCGUGUUUAGCAGCAGACAGACUUUUGGCGUCUGCUGUAUUCUUCUAUCAAGACAAAGCAGGAGAUGGUGGUGAUGGCGGGAGUGGACUAAAAAUACCAUGGGCACCACCAGAGUUGGAAGAGUGGGCCAGAUUGACUUAAAUCGCUGUUGUGAAAAAGGCUCUACUUUGUUUGAGGCUGCCUUGGAAAGUGUGCUCGGAUCGCGGGCAAAGUCGUUAGCUACGUGCCUGGGACCUUGAAACGAGUGAAAGUGCCAGUUUCAAUAACUCUGAUGUUUUUGGGGCUCCUCUUUUCUUAACUUUUCAUAGCAUGUGACAUGGCUUCCCCAUUGGAAGUUGUUUGUUUUGCCGAAACGCUUGUUUAUUGAUACGAUCUGUCUCCUAAGAGUAGAAUAGACUGUGGAGUAUGUAGUAAUGUAGAGGGAGAGAGUGUGUGUGUGUGUGUGUGUGUGUGUGUAUGUAGUGCUGUGUUUGUGAGUGAGUGGGAUGAGGUGGUUGGAGGAAGGAGUAGCCUUGUCUGCCUGGUAGAGGGAGGGAGUGAGAGAGCGAGGGAGAGAACUCUGAGUCUAUCCGUCUCUGGGCAGCGUUCCAAUGCAACACUCUAUCAGUCACCACUCCCCACACCCCUUCUCUCUCUCUCUGGGAGUAAGGGUCAGGCUGCACUGCCUGUAACCCAGCACCUCUACCCCUCUCCUGGGGGGGAGCACCACCAAGUCUCCUCCACCUUCAGCCGAGGCCAAAGAGGCCUCUCUAAUGGCCUUGUGGUCAGACCCAGGUGGCCAUAUUCUCACAGGAAUAGACGGGGUCGUAACUCAACUGGGUCAAACGUGCAAUUUCCCCAACCGCCUGACCAGUGUUACAUUAGGGUUCCAAAAGGUCUUGUGUUCCUCAUUCAUUUUUCUUUACGCAACUUGCCGUCCCUUGUUAUAGAAAACCUUGCGGGCCAUGCUGGUGUACACGCCCUGCCACUCCGUGUCUGAACGCUCGCGCCUGCAGCAGCUGCUCCGGCCCGUGGUGGAGACCAUCCUGGUCAAAUGUGCCGACGCCAACAGGUAAACUCAGUCUCAAACUACAGAGUGGGAUAGAUAUGGGAAGCCUGUCAGUGGCUGACUGCAACUGCUUGUAGCUAGUGCCCUCAGGUGGAGAACACAAAACAUGACAUGCACUUGUUAGGUUUCGCCCAGUAUGAUCAGUGGUGAGUUCUAUCAGGGAUAUUCAAAUCUGAGCCUGGAGGUCCGGAGUACUGCUGGUUUGCUGUUCUACCUGAUAAGUAAUUGCACCCACCUGGUGUCUCAGGUCCAAAUCAGUCCUUGAUUAGAGGGGAACAAUGUAAAUCAGCAGUGGAACUGGCUUCGAGGUCCAGAUAUGAAUUUCCCUGAUAUACUGUAUAUCUCUAAGAACUGACUCAAAUAUGGGCACCUUUACUGUUAGUCAACAGAUUACAUGACUCCUGUCUCAUUUUAGUAGGUUUACAUUGCACACUGGUUAACCCAGAACUAAAAUGUUGCUUAAUUUGGUCAGAUAUCUUUACGUAGUCUGUCCACGAGAUCACACACUGUAUAAAAGUAUGACAGUAUGAAUGACUGCCAUUAGCAGUCUAGCAUGGACAUGAAUUCAUUCUGAGUGUCGUUUUUCUUUUGUCGUUUCUGUGUGGUGUCCAGUCGUACCAGCCAGCUGUCGGUGUCCACACUGCUGGAGCUGUGUAAAGGCCAGCUUGGAGAGCUGGCCGUAGGCAGAGAGAUCCUCAAAGCAGGUAAGAACUACAAAUCCCAUGCAGCCCCUCUGGGGUUUCAGCUGAAAUGUAGUCCUCUCCCCAUGUCACAUACACUCACCAGAAUUGAUGUAUGCGACUUUGACUGAUGUCUUAACAGUGUUUUUUUCCCUUCUCAACAACAGUAAAUGUGCCACUCCAUUUCCAUCUGACCAUUAAUGCCUAGGUUCUCGACAUCCAUCUGACUACUCACUGUAAGCGUCUCUCCCUAUCAUCUCUCUCAGGGUCCAUCGGUAUUGGCGGGGUGGACUAUGUCCUGAACUGCAUCCUGGGGCCUCAGACGGAGGCCAAUAACUGGCAGGCCCUGCUGGGCCGUCUGUGUCUGAUUGACAGGCUCCUGCUGGAGUUCCCCGCUGAGUUCUACCCCCACAUCGUCUCUGGAGGGGACUGGCACCAGUCUCAGACCCUGGGGGAGAGGUACGCAAUCUUUUAUAGUCUUAUAGCGUUGUUCUUUUAUAGCCUGAUUCACAUAGCUGCUGACUCCCUGGGAGAGGUGGAGGAGUGCCAGAGGGAUGAGUGUUGUGCCUAGUGAUAUUUCCUGACUUCGUAGUUUGGAUCUUGUAGUCACGUAGCCUUGAGUUGGUGACCUUGUCCUGGUAUAGGCUCAAUCACCUAGACAAAGUCUGAGUGCGUAGCCUUGGACACAUAGCCUUGGCCUGGCCCAUUACUCUGAAUGCUUGUUAAGUUCAUUGUAAGGCUCCUAAUGUGCUAUUAUGGAUUCUUUGGGCAUUGCUAUUAAUAAACACUACAAACUUUAUUAGAAAUGGUGUCCUGAUUUGUAGCUUGUUAAUCAGUAGUUUGUUCUGUUUUUAAUGUUGAUGACAUUUUGGUCUGGAUAACACUUCCUUGAAUCAUAUAUUUCUAUCUCACACAGUUCUUUUAUUGCAAAACAUGGUGUACUAUAGGGAACAGGGAGUCAUUUGAGAGCCGCAGCCUUUUAAGUUGUCCUUCUCUUUCCCUCUCUGCAGGUAUCAGAAGCUGCUCCCCCUGCUGAGCUUCUCGCUGCAGUCCAUCGACAACUCCCACUCUAUGGUGGGCAAGCUGUCUCGUCGCGUGUUCCUGAGUGCCGCGCGCAUGGUGGCCCGCGUGCCGCACGUCUUCGUCAAGCUCCUGGACAUGCUGAGCGUCACCAGCUCCACACACUACGCCCGCAUGCGCCGCCGCCUGCUCGCCAUCGCCGAGGAGAUGGACAUCCUGGACGCCAUCAACCUGGGCCUGGAGAGCAUGGAGCACAGCGCCAGCGAGGCGCACCAACGGGCCAGCGCCGCCUUCCUGGAGCCCUCCGCACCUCAGAACUCACCCAAUGUGACCGAGAGCAACACCCCGACGCAUACGGUCCAGAUGACCAGCGGGAAGGUAGGGAGAGGUUGCUCCAGUAAUGUGGGAUUGAGUCCUGAGGAUAUAAGUGAGAGGUUAGCGGCCAUCUCCACUAGCGCUGGGCGUCCCAAUAUGGCCGCUUCCGCAUGUGGCGGGGCCCCGGCCGAGCACCCAAAGCCCCCCGUUCAGGCGCGUAACCGCCCCCUCAGCCAGUGCCUGAACUCCCCGUCUUCCAGCCUAGCCCCCAGCCUCCCCUCACCCUCUGCCUCCCACCCUCCCCCCUCCUUCCCGGGCCCUGACAGCAGUCCCAAACCCCGGCCCCAGAGCUUCGUCCCCAGCAAGCUAGCGUCAACCGCCCCCUCCUCUGCUUCCUCCUGCUCUCCAGGCGCCCAGCGCAGGUUCCCCCAGCAGAAGCCCUUCAGCAACAAGGACCCAGAGAAGCAGCUCCCCUCCCCCUGUUUCACCCAGGCCCGACCCCUCCCCUCCAGUCAGAUCCACAGACCAAAGCCCUCCCGACCCACCCCCUCCGAGGGGGCCAAGGCCGUCUGCACCUCGCCCACCCCAAGAGCCUCCAAGACUGGCAUGAAGCUGGACCUCCAGGGGGAAUCGACCAGCCUCUCCACCAGCGCCUCCGGAGGUGAAGUCCCCUCCAAAGGGGGCCACAUGGGGGGAGCCACCACCCUCAUCAGCAGCGAGGACAGCUGCUUCACCCCUGUGGAAGAGAAGUUCCGCGGACUGGACGCCUCUGCUGAGCUCAACUCCUCCAUGGAAGACCUCCUGGAAGCCUCUAUGCCGGCAUCUGGCGACACCACCACCGUCACCUUCCAGUCGGAGGUGGCCGUGCUGUCGCCGGAGCGGGCUGGGGACGAGCCGGGAGGAGGGGGAGAGGUGAGGAUGUACAGUGAGGACGUGACACAGCACCAGAAGUGCAAGGAGAAGAUGGAGGCGGAGGAGGAGGCGGCGCUGGCCGUAGUCAUGGCCAUGUCAGAGUCGCAGGAUGCGCUGCCCAUCAUCCCCCAGCUGCAGGUGGAUAAAGACCAGGACGUCAUCAUCAUCCAAGCAGAUGUGAGUCAAUGUGCACCUUCUGGAACAUAUGUCCCUACAAGGCUUUAGACUACACCUCAGUGUUCCCUUAACAAAAGGGCAGUUUCCCAGACACAGAUUAAGCCUUGUGAUUCUCCAUUGAGCUUGCUUUAUAGGCCAGGACUAGGCUUAAUAUGUGCCCAGGAAACAGCCCCAGUAACUGGCAGAAUAACUAACAGGUAAGUAGAGAACAUUGUCACACCCAAGGUCAGAGAAUACAUGGAAAUAAUCAUUCCAUUCAUAUCAACCCGCCAAUGUUGACUGAAGCCCUAAAUCUAACCCACAGCAUGCAUGUGUAUAGGCCUAGUGUGUGUGUGUAUAACUAACACACACACACACACACACACACACACACACACACACUACAGGUACUAGGUACUGUACACAUGCAUGCUGUGGGAAGCUUACCACUUUGUUGUUGCUCCUAGACAUUUCCACUUCACAAUAAUAGCACGUACAGUUGAUCGGGGCCGCUCUAGCAGGGCAGAAAUUUGACAAACUGACUUGUUGGAAAGGUGGCAUCCUAUGACUGUGCCACGUUGAAAGUCACUGAGCUCUUCAGUAAGGCUAUUCUACUGCCAAUGUUUGUCAGUGGAGAUUGCAUGGCUGUGUGCUCGAUAUAUGAUGUCAUCAUCCCAUGCUUCCCCAGACUCCAGAGACUCUGCCUGGCCAUACCAAAGCCAAGCAGCCCUACAGGGAGGGCCAGGAGUGGCUGAAGGGCCAGCAGAUCGGCCUGGGGGCCUUCUCCUCCUGCUACCAGGCCCAGGACGUGGGCACCGGCACCCUGAUGGCCGUCAAACAGGUGAGAAGAGGAGACAGACUCAUGGCAAUCACAGAUGUCUGCCCUGAUUCCCCUAUGCUGAAUUCCAAACAAUUAUGACGUCAGAGAAAUAGAUGGGUAUAAGCAGUGUUGUAAAAAUGUGUCCUAGCCAUCAGAGGGCAAGGAGGAGCUCUCACCUAUUCAAUUCUAUCCGAUCUACAGGAGUGUCUAGGGAUUAAGGGCUAGGUUUUAGUUUCUAGGUGGGGCCUAUGGGUCGCUUGUGUCCCCCCAGGAAGUGGCUUGUGUCCCCUGGUGCAGAAACUCUGGGGAUUCCAUGUCAGAGUUGUGACUUUAAUUUUUGCUAGUGACAUCAAACUGAGAUGUUGCCCUUAAAGAGAAUGUUCAGCUCUCUCUUCCCCUAAUAACCAUGGGUGUGUGUGCAUGUCCUCCCCGCUUAUAGAAGAGAAUGUUCAGCUCUCUCUUCCCCUAAUAACCAUGGGUGUGUGUACAUGUCCUCCCCGCUUAUAGGAGAGAAUGUUCAGCUCUCUCUUCCCCUAAUAACCAUGGGUGUGUGUACAUGUCCUCCCCGCUUAUAGAAGAGAUGUUCAGCUCUCUCUUCCCCUAAUAACCAUGGGUGUGUGUACAUGUCCUCCCCGCUUAUAGAAGAGAAUGUUCAGCUCUCUCUUCCCUAAUAACCAUGGGUGUGUGUACAUGUCCUCCCCGUUAUAGAAGAGAAUGUUCAGCUCUCUCUUCCCUAAUAACCAUGGGUGUGUGUACAUGUCCUCCCCGCUUAUAGAAGAGAAUGUUCAGCUCUCUCUUCCCCUAAUAACCAUGGGUGUGUGUGCAUGUCCUCCCCGCUUAUAGAAGAGAAUGUUCAGCUCUCUCUUCCCCUAAUAACCAUGGGUGUGUGUACAUGUCCUCCCCGCUUAUAGAAGAGAAUGUUCAGCUCUCUCUUCCCCUAAUAACCAUGGGUGUGUGUGCAUGUCCUCCCCGCUUAUAGAAGAGAAUGUUCAGCUCUCUCUUCCCCUAAUAACCAUGGGUGUGUGUGCAUGUCCUCCCCGCUUAUAGAAGAGAAUGUUCAGCUCUCUCUUCCCCUAAUAACCAUGGGUGUGUGUACAUGUCCUCCCCGCUUAUAGAAGAGAAUGUUCAGCUCUCUCUUCCCCUAAUAACCAUGGGUGUGUGUGCAUGUCCUCCCCGCUUAUAGAAGAGAAUGUUCAGCUCUCUCUUCCCCUAAUAACCAUGGGUGUGUGUGCAUGUCCUCCCCGCUUAUAGAAGAGAAUGUUCAGCUCUCUCUUCCCCUAAUAACCAUGGGUGUGUGUGCAUGUCCUCCCCGCUUAUAGAAGAGAAUGUUCAGCUCUCUCUUCCCCUAAUAACCAUGGGUGUGUGUACAUGUCCUCCCCGCUUAUAGGUGACCUACGUCAGGAACACGUCGUCGGAGCAAGAGGAGGUGGUGACUGCUCUGAGGGAGGAGAUCCGGAUGAUGGCCCAUCUCAACCACCCCAACAUCAUCCGUAUGCUGGGGGCCACCUGCGAGAAGAGCAACUACAACUUGAUGGUGGAGUGGAUGGCAGGUAAGGACCUCCGAUGAUGAUAAUGACACAUCCCACGUUGAAAAAGGCCUUGAAAUUGACUUUUUGAAGUUUUUUUUUGUGUCCUGCUUUCCUCAUUAGUUCAUUUCAAAUCAAUCCAAUUUGAUUUAGUUGAUUAAUAUAAACGAAAUUUGAUACAUUUUCGUUUUCUUGCUUUUUGUCUUCGUGACGUGAUUAUUCAUUAUUUAUUUUGUAUUUAUUCAACUUUUCAGAAUUGGGUACAUAAGAUAGUAUUAAUUGAACCUUUAAUGAGUGAUGAAUAUGGGAUGAAUAUGUAUCAACAGCAUUAACUUCAUGUAUGUAAAUAAGAAAUGUCCUGUCUAACCAGAAGUUGAACUUCAUAGUAGAUGGAGUACAUUUUGACCCCAUCCCUACUAUAAAGCAGUGUCCUUCCUCCUAUAGAAAUAGAAGUACUGGGUUUACCAUUAAUAGAAUAAAAAGGAAUUAUAUUUCAUGGGUUGAUCCUCUCUGUUGUGUCCAGGUGGCAGUGUCCCAUCUUCUGAACAGUCCUCUAUGUUGUGUCCAGGUGGCAGUGUGUCCCAUCUCCUGAACAGUCCUCUCUCUGUUGUGUCCAGGUGGCAGUGUCCCAUCUCCUGAACAGUCCUCUCUGUUGUGUCCAGGUGGCAGUGUGUCCCAUCUCCUGAACAGUCCUCUCUGUCGUGUCCAGGUGGCAGUGUCCCAUCUCCUGAACAGUCCUCUCUCUGUUGUGUCCAGGUGGCAGUGUCCCAUCUCCUGAACAGUCCUCUCUGUUGUGUCCAGGUGGCAGUGUGUCCCAUCUCCUGAACAGUCCUCUCUGUUGUGUCCAGGUGGCAGUGUGUCCCAUCUCCUGAACAGUCCUCUCUGUUGUGUCCAGGUGGCAGUGUGUCCCAUCUCCUGAACAGUCCUCUCUCUGUUGUGUCCAGGUGGCAGUGUGUCCCAUCUCCUGAACAGUCCUCUCUUGUUGUGUCCAGGUGGCAGUGUGUCCCAUCUCCUGAACAGUCCUCUCUGUCGUGUCCAGGUGGCAGGUGUCCCAUCUCCUGAACAGUCCUCUCUCUGUUGUGUCCAGGUGGUAGUGUCCCAUCUCCUGAACAGUCCUCUCUGUUGUGUCCAGGUGGCAGUGUCCCAUCUCCUGAACAGUCCUCUCUGUUGUGUCCAGGUGGCAGUGUCCCAUCUCCUGAACAGUCCUCUCUGUUGUGUCCAGGUGGCAGUGUCCCAUCUCCUGAACAGUCCUCUCUCUGUCGUGUCCAGUUGGCAGUGUCCCAUCUCCUGAACAGUCCUCUCUGUCGUGUCCAGGUGGCAGUGUCCCAUCUCCUGAACAGUCCUCUCUGUUGUGUCCAGGUGGCAGUGUCCCAUCUCCUGAACAGUCCUCUCUGUUGUGUCCAGGUGGCAGUGUCCCAUCUCCUGAACAGUCCUCUCUGUUGUGUCCAGGUGGCAAGUGUCCCAUCUCCUGAACAGUCCUCCUGUUGUGUCCAGGUGGCAGUUGUCCCAUCUCCUGAACAGUCCUCCCUCUGUUGUGUCCAGGUGGCAGUGUGUCCCAUCUCCUGAUGUGUCCAGGUGGCAGUCCAUCUCUCAGUCCUCGCUGUGUUCCAGGUGCAGGUGUCCACUCCGGUCCCUUGUUGUCAGUGGCAGUGUCUGAACAGUCCUCUCUGUGUGUCCAGGUGGCAGUGUCCAUCUCUGAACAGUCCUCUUAGGUGUGUCAAGGUGUGCAGGUUGUCCCAUCUCCUGAACAGUCCUCUCUGUUGUGUCCAGGUGGCAGUGUGUCCCAUCUCCUGAAACAGUCCUCUCUUGUUGUGUCAGGGGCAGUGUUCCAUUCCUGAACAGUCCUCUCUGUGUUGUGUCCAGGUGGCAGUGUCCACAUCUCCUGAACAGUCUCCUCUGUUGUGUCCAGGUGGCAGUGUCCCAUCUCCUGAACAGUCCUCUCUGUUGUGUCCAGGUGGCAGUGUGUCCCAUCUCCUGAACAGUACCUACUCUGUUGUGUCCAGGUGGCCAGGUGUCCCAUCUCCUGAACAGUCCUCUCUGUUGUGUCCAGGUGGCAGUGUCCCAUCUCCUGAACAGUCCUCUCUGUUGUGUCCAGGUGGCAGUGUGUCCCAUCUCCUGAACAGUCCUCUCUGUUGUGUCCAGGUGGCAGUGUCCCAUCUCCUGAACAGUCCUCUCUGUUGUGUCCAGGUGGCAGUGUCCCAUCUCCUGAACAGUCCUCUCUGUUGUGUCCAGGUGGCAGUGUCCCAUCUCCUGAACAGUCCUCUCUCUGUUGUGUCCAGGUGGCAGUGUGUCCCAUCUCCUGAACAGUCCUCUCUCUGUUGUGUCCAGGUGGCAGUGUGUCCCAUCUCCUGAACAAGUAUGGGGCCUUCAAGGAGGCUGUGAUUAUCAACUACACGGAGCAGCUGCUCCGAGGCCUGGCCUACCUCCAUGAGAACCAGAUCAUCCACAGAGACAUCAAAGGUGAGGGCACACACAUUCACACACUCCAGCGCACAGGAAAUCCCUGCUGCUAUUGUGUUGCCUGUCACAGGGCUAAAGAUGGAGGAUGGGGGAUGGUGGGCCCUCAGGUCACACACAGACUCAUUCCAUGUGUUUCAACUUUUAGCUUUGGGGCGGAACUUUGGAGACUAUGAGUGGUAACUAACUGCUACUGCACUAAUUAUAAGUCUCUCUGCAGAAGAGCGUCUGCUAAAUGACUAAAAUAUAAUGUCAAAUGUAAUGUCAUAUGUAGUGUUAAAAUGAUCAACUAUAAUAAAGGCUUGCGAUUUGUACUGGACAGGUCAGGAAUAACUCUGGUAACUAGAGACUAACUACUGGAUGACUAGUCAGAACACACCUCACCCUACCUCUCCUGUUAUGGCAUACAAUAACUCACCCUCUCUCCCCCUCUCUCCCCCCUCUCUCCCCCAGGUGCCAACCUGCUGAUUGACAGCACAGGUCAGAGGCUGAGGAUAGCUGACUUCGGGGCUGCAGCAAGACUGGCCUCCAAGGGCACCGGAGCAGGGGAGUUCCAGGGCCAACUCCUGGGAACCAUUGCCUUCAUGGCCCCGGAGGUAUGCACGGAUGAAAGGGAGAGAGAGUAAAUCUGCGUUAGAAUUAGCAUUCUGUUUCCGGCCUUUAUAGUGCACUCCUUUUGACUGGAGCCGUAGUGCAUUUCAGACACAGCCUGACACACACACUGCGUACAAGUGAUGGCUGGCAUAAAGCUUGCGAGCAUAAAACUAGUAAAUUCCGCCACUUAAACCACUGCCCUAAGAUCAAAACCCCCCCCAAUCCUCUGUAUCCUCUUUGUGGCUCUGAAAGAGGAAGAAGUAGAGGCCGAAGCAUUAGCCUUCUGUGGGGGCUGUUUGUUUUGAAGAGGCCCCUGAUCAUGCUGUGGGAGGCCUGGGCAGUUGAACUCUCUCCUAAUUAAACAAGGUUUUGGGAGCCACAACAAUAACAAGACAUUAAGGGGUCGGCCUCCAUUGUGGGGCCCUCUCUUUCAAAAGGGAUUAAAAUGCUCUUUCAUUUGGGAGUUACUGAGAAAUCUAAAUCCACUUUAGUUCAGUUCCGCAGCGAACACGUGACUCUGAAUGGCCCGCAUAAUGGCGGCUGGGUUUCACCGCUGAAAAAAAGCUUUGUCGGAAGCCAACAACAUUUUAAAUGGCCUUCCCCAAACGUAUGAAAGCAAGAUUUGGCCUGGGAAUGAAUUGAAGCCAUAGUCAUGUGACAAAGAAUGUAGAAACAGGGAAACUAAAUAGACCCAACAAAACAUAAUGGCCGCCUAUGGGAGGCUCCGUAAUACAUUUCACUCCUUGGCCGAGACACAUCCUUUGGUUUGACGUUAUGUGUCCAUCCACCAAAAAGUAAUCUGCCACUCCUCAACAACAACACAGAGUCAAGUGCUGUAAAACAAUGGCUGGCCAUUUCUGUCCUUUUUAUGCUGCUACAUGCAAAUGAUAGACUAUGAAUGGAGUAGAGUUAAGUGUGUGUGUGUGUGUGCGUGCAGUAAAGGCUUAAAUUCAAUAAAACGUCUUGCAGUUGUCCAUUUAUGUUGCUACCUUUUGCGUACGGUUGACUCUGUAGGUGCUGCGCGGACAGCAGUACGGCCGGAGCUGUGACGUGUGGAGUGUGGGCUGUGCCAUCAUCGAGAUGUCGUGUGCCAAGCCCCCCUGGAACGCUGAGAAACACUCCAACCACCUCGCUCUCAUAUUCAAGGUACCGUCAAUACAAGUACAGCCUCAAAGUUAGGAUUUUAAGGAAACCAUGUCCAUUCAGUUAGAUAUGUGAUCAAUGCGUCUUCACCACCAGAAAUAUCCUAUACUUAGAAAUUGUUAUUGUUGCUCUUUAGCGUUAUCAUUUAAAUGUGACCCACUAAAAACCACAGUCAUUGUUUUACACCACUAAAUGGAGCUGGCACAACGUUACUGUAUAAGGUUUGAUGUACACACGUAUAGCUGUAAAAUACAUAUACCUGAAAAAGCACCCUAUUGGCCUUCCUGUUUCAUCCAAAGACCUUGUGGUUGAUUGGGUUUCUACAGUAGCAUGACCUCACCCUCCCCUCCUCUCUCCCCCAGAUUGCGAGUGCCACCACGGCGCCCUCCAUCCCUCCACAACUGACCCCGGGCCUGAGGGACGUCACCCUGCGCUGCCUGGAGCUGCAGCCUGCCGACCGGCCCCCCUCCAGGGAACUCCUCAAGCACCCUGUCUUCCGCCUCAACUGGUAGUCCCCUACCCUCCUCCCCCAGUCCCCUACAACCUCCCCCAGUCCCCAACCCUCCUCCCCCAGUCCCCAACAUCCUCCCCCAGUCCCCAACAUCCUCCCCCAGUCCCCAACAUCCUCCCCCAGUCCCCAACAUCCUCCCCCAGUUCCCUCCCCUCCUCCCCCAGUUCCCUACCCUCCUCCCCCAGUCCCCUACAUCCUCCCCCAGUUCCCUCCCCUCCUCCCCCCAGUCCCCUACAUCCUCCCCCAGUUCCCUCCCCUCCUCCCCCAGUCCCCUACCCUCCUCCCCCAGUCCCCAACAGCCUCCCCCAGUCCCCAACACCCUCCCCCAGUCCCCUACCCUCCCUAUCCCAUAGUGUCUACUACUGAAGGCCCAGCCAGCCAGCCUGCUUUUCUCUCCUUCUCCCACCGCUGCCAAUCAGACCAGCCUCCCUAACACCAGACACCCCUCCAUCCACCCCAGACCAGCCUCCCUAACCCCAGACCGCCCUCCAUCCACCCCAGACUGCCCCCAGGCA